AUGGAACACCGGACUCACAUUGAGGGCACGCCUUCUCCCUCCCAGACAUCCCACGGCAGCUUCAACUUUCUGGGUCUACCAGACAAUGUGCGCCUGCGGGUUUACCUCCAGGCAGGACUUUUUCAGCAUGGGCCCAUUGACUUGAACCCUAUGUCUGCCAAAGAGGGACCGGUUAAUUUGUUGUCCGUGGCGUACGAUUCCCCUUCUGAUAUAUGCCGAUGCUUCUAUCCGUCCAUGACAGACGGUCACUACUGUAGCAUCAAUAAUCUCGCUCCCCAGAAUCACCCCUGGAGAUUCUACCCUCGCCUUCGCCGUUUCUGCACCUGCGAGCUCCCAACUCUGAUCAGACAUCAGUCCAUACCUGUGCAACUUCUUCAUACCUCGAGGGCUAUUUCUCAGGAAGCAACCUUGUUGUUCUACUCCGAGAACGCGUUCCAGAUCUCUCUCAAUCUUCCAGGUGGUCUGUCGGCGCUCCGCCAGCUUCGUCCAAGCACCCUCGCAUGCAUGAAGUCCCUCCAGAUUACCCUUCAAAAUAGCAGUGAUUGCCUUUACAACGCAUGGGUCUGGGACCACUACUUCGUUUGCUCGCGGAUCGGCCCUCCCCUCCGGUCCAAGAUUCCACGAAUUCUCAAGGACGAGUGGAGAUACACUUGCAAGCACCUAAGCCGUCACAUCGAAGACUCUCGCCUUCAGCUCUCGGUCAUAUGUGAUGUGAACGGUAGAGGCAUCGCCGAGCAGUUGCUGAAGCCUCUUAUGAAACUACCGACUUUAGCCAGUUUCGCUAUUCGUCUGCACCCCUCUUUCAACGAAAGGCUAGAUCGUCUAUUAUAUCCGCUGGGGCGCGACAUUGCUAUGCAAUUGACGGGUCGCUCGCAUUCAACCGAGACCAUCCAGCCAUUUCGGUAUGGAGAUCUGCCCCUUGAACUUCAAGAGCGGAUCCUUCAUCACACUGACCUUGUGUCACCCUAUGACCUCGUCUGGACUCCGACAAAUGGGUUUAGGUGGGAUCACCUCAACAGAAACCACAACCAUUGCUCAACUUGCCUGUCUGUGCGCGAUCGCUGUUGUUGGCAAUUUAGUGACGAAAAGUACAUCUUGGCCCGUCAAUGUUCAUGCUGGCGCUUUCCUCUCUCUAUGUUCCUUGCUAACCGAGAUAUGCAUGACAUGGCGAUGCGGAUCUUCUAUUCAAUGAAUCACUUCAAGCUGCUUCCCUAUUCGGCAUGCACAGAUGCUCCGUACUCAUUGCGCCUGCACAAGCCCUUGUCACCCUUUAUUGAUUUUCUCCCCGUGAAUGCUCUGAAGCAUUUGCGCUCCGUGCAAUUUGUCUUCGACUGGCAAUGCGUGCGGAUCUGGGAACAAGAAGGCACUUACAAGCUGUGGCAAGAAACCGUCGAGAAAGUGAAGCUCAGCAUUCCUGCACGUCUCCAUGUCACGGUCGAUAUGUCUCACAGUUGGGUGAUCGGAAGGCAUUACUGGCUCGACGACCGGUGGGAGUUCAACCCGUGGUUGGAAAGGGCCAGGUUCCAGACACAUUGCCUCAAACUCAUCAAUCCGCUCAUCUAUCUCCGUCUUAAAAGUUUCCAAGUCUAUCUUCCUUGCAAUCCUGGGGAAGAUCCGUGGGGUUCUGGUGAUGAGUAUGAUGAGUAUGAUGAGGAUGAUGAAGAUGAUGAAUUCCGGCCCUCGGCACAGGAUCUGGAGCAGAUGGUGAUGGGAAAUGGGUAUCAUAACCAUUCUGAUGCCAAGUACGGAUGGAGCAAUAUUUUAACAGGAUGUGCAAUGGCCGAGGACUUUGACGACUGGCAGAGGAAUUGCCAUAUCCUUUUUCGCCCUCACGAUCUUGAGUUAUGA